ACUUGCUACAGGUACCUGAGAUACGAGCCGUGUGAAGUCGACUCCUGAUAUCACUUUGGAGAUUGAGGCUGAAAAUUGGUCGUUAAGCUGGUGUCACCUCGCGAAAAAGAUCCUCGCGUCAAAAAAUUCCCAAGCCUGGCCUGAAGCCCUGGAGCACAAACUCCAUCGCGCCUUCAACAAACAACCAUCUGCACCUUCCCGCAACAUAUUCGUCCCAUACAAAAUCCUCAAAGAUGGCCGACACCGAAAUGGAGCUCGACGCGCCCCUCUCCCCCGAACACAAGAACGACGACGUUCCCUCCCUCAAGAACUCCAACAUGACCACCCACUCGAACGCGACCGCCGUGCGCUCCAUCGAGGGCUGGAUCGUGAUCGUCACCAACGUCCACGAGGAGGCCAGCGAGGAGGAUCUCAAUGAUCUGUUUGCGGAGUUUGGAGAGAUUAAGAAUCUGCAUCUGAAUCUAGAUCGACGGACUGGUUAUGUCAAGGGCUACGCAUUGAUCGAGUACCCGACUCUGGACGAGGCGCGCAAGGCGAUUGAUGGGGCACAUAAUACGAAGUUGUUGGAUCAGACGAUUGAAGUUGAUUUCGCGUUUGUGCGACCACCGCCAGGAGGAGCUGGAGGGAAGGGCAGAGGUGGUGGACGUCCGCCUGCGAAAGGAAGAGCCAGAAGCAGGAGUCGUAGCCCGGGUGGAAGAGAGGAGGUUAUUGAGUGAGGGAGGAGAGAUGUGGAAGAAUAUCUGGGCGAUGCUGCUUAAGUGGCUUCUGCCAGCCGAUGUGUCUGUGAAUGAAGACAUAUCGGCGUGUGUACAUGGGCGUCAUUGAGCCUCGAAAUCAAAAUUUGACAGCCUUCCUACGAAGAACGAUUGCGAAGAUGAUACCGCUGAAUACAAAGCUUCAUGAAAGUUGUCAGGGGACAGGUACGUACAAGGUCCUCCAUCGAAGCAGAUCUCUUACGCCGUACGAAGAAUGGAUAACGGUCGUUUGAUUUGUUGUCUGCAGCUACAUGCUAUAUACUAUGCUAUACCCACGCAUAUAGCAUUGGUUUAUUUGCUCUAAGCCCAGGCAUACUACACUCUCUGACUGGCG